CCGACAACCAACUCAACCUACGUAUCUACGUCUUCCCCUCUUCGACAUCGAUUCGAGACCAUCGAUUACGCCCAUCUUAAGACACUUUCAACCGGCUCUUGUCUAGAUAAGAUUCCACCCUGAUGACUGGAAUCUCGUGCUAGACGCUUUCUCCACAAACUUCGAUCGGGCAUAUAUCACCUAAUGACCAUUAUCGACCAGUUUCUUCUUCGACAGCCUCUGCAAGCUGUCACAUAAAGAAGUGAACUUCGACGACGCGAAACCGCCGAAGACUAUUUUACCGCAGCCCUUUCUUGGAUAGAGAUCCAUUCUCUCAACCAACACACACACAUCAACAAAAUGAUCCCAAGAGGUCUCACUUCCGCCUUCGGGACCCCGUCCCUCGAGAUCGGCCAGAUCCUGCUCGGCAAUGCUAGCCGAUACACCAUUCAGAAGAAGAUCCGUGAGGGCGUUUGGAUCGCAACCAACCCUAUGGGCAACAAGUCCAUCGUCAAGGGUGUUCAGGGUAUCUCCGGAGCCCAGAACGAGCACAACGUCCUUCGCAAGUUCCAGGGCAACCCUUUCCUCCGCCCCGUCAUCGACGAGAUCCAGCAAGAUGCCCCGAUGAUUGUGCUCCAGCACAUGGACGACCACCUCUUGAACGCAACCAUCAAGAAGCCUUUGACCAACCGCGAGAUUCGCUUCGUUGCCCGCGCUGUUCUCCGUGGCCUCUCCACCCUCCACAAGGAUGGCUACGUCCACACCGAUAUCAAGCCCGACAACAUCCUCGUCAACUACGCUUCGGCCUCUGAGGCUGACCCCGACCUUCGCUUUUCCGAUGUUCAGAUCGGUGACCUCGGGGCUUCCUACUCGGUUGACUCUGACGUAGCUACCAAGGGUUUCCUCAUCGGUGCUCCCAUCUGGACCAGCCCUGAGGUGCUCAUGGAGGUUCCCUGGGGAACUGCCAGCGAUAUCUGGGCCUUUGGCUCCAUGAUGAUCGCCCUUCUCCACGGCGGCGACUACAACCCCUUCCGCCCUACCAACGCUCGCUACCACGACCGCAGCUACAUCUUUGAGGUCCUUCGCCAGCAGUCUCGUCGCUUCGGCGCCAUCCCCGAGACCUACCUUGAGCGAGCGCGUCCCGGCAAGGCCAUGGCCGCCAAGGCACUGACUGUCGGCCGCAAGGUUGAGCCUCUCGACUUCCGCACAGCCUCUCACUUCAUCAACCGCAUCAUGCGCAUGGACGCCGCCGAGCGCCCUACCGCCGACCAGCUUCUCGAGGAGAUGUCUGGCCUUUUCGAGGACUAGAUUAUAAACCAUCGAGAGUCAUUUACGAUUUUGGAGACGAAUGAAAGAUAUCCAGCAAUGGAUGAACAGCGAUUAUGUUUUUUUGUGUACCGGCAAAUGGACACCAGCAUUAUACACCAGGGGAAGAACUACAGGACAGAACUUAAUGUGGAUGAAAAGCGGCGGCAGCCAUUGAGCUCCAUUUCCUUUGUGUUUUUGGGACACCAGGAUACUACCUACAGGCGGGCUUUUGUCAUUUCAGCAGCGAUGUUUGGGUAUCGCCUCAACAGGAUUACUUGGGGAUUUGGGUGAAACGGUCAAUAGGAAAAGAUCGCAAAGGGAAGACAAAAAAGUACACAGGGGCAACUAGGGGAAAGCGAAUGUUUUUGAGCGAGAAAAAGAACCACCCAGGAGGUACUGUACAAAGAGAUAGAUCCCUUAGAAUGGGGAACACCACAUAGACAACCACCCAUAUAUUGUAGCCUCAAAAAGAUGGCUCAUACUGCAACAGUCACAC